AUGUUGUUUGAUGUCAACCGAAAACUGUUUUCUCGCUCAGACCGCGUGAAAGGCGCUGACUUUCACCCAACGGAGCCCUGGCUACUGACAGGUCUCUAUAAUGGUUCGGUGAACAUAUACAAUCACGAGACUGGCGCCUUGAUUAAGACCUUUGAGGUUUCAACGGUCCCUGUACGCUGUGUCAAGUUUAUUGCACGCAAAAACUGGUUUGUGGCCGGUUCGGACGACUUCCAGCUUCGCGUCUUCAACUACAACACUCACGAGAAGGUCGCUGCAUUCGAGGCUCAUCCCGACUACAUUCGAUGCCUUACCGUUCAUCCUACCGCAAGCAUCGUGCUUACCGGAAGUGAUGAUAUGACGAUCAAGGCCUGGGACUGGGACAAACAAUGGAAGUGCAUUCAAAUCUACGAAGGACAUACGCACUAUAUAAUGAACAUUACUUUCAAUCCCAAAGAUGCAAAUACCUUUGCGUCCGCAUGUCUUGACCGAACUGUUAAGAUGUGGUCUCUUGGUUCUCCUAGUGCCAAUUUCACCAUGGAUGCUCAUGAUAAAGGCGUGAAUUAUGUCGAUUUCUAUCCUGGAUCAGACAAGCCUUACCUUGUGACCACGGGUGACGACAAAACCAUCAAGAUUUGGGACUAUCUCAGCAAAAGUUGCGUGCAGACUAUGGAGGGUCAUACGAAUAACCCUUCGUUUGCUGUUUUCCAUCCGAAUCUGCCCAUCAUAAUCAGUGGAAGUGAAGAUGGGACAGUGAAAAUCUGGAAUGGUGGUACAUAUCGGUUGGAGAACACCUUAAGCUAUGCGCUGGAGCGUGCUUGGUGCGUAUCCCUACGCAAAGACGCGAACGAAGUUGCGGUUGGUUUUGAUGAAGGAAUUGUCGUUAUCAAGCUCGGUCGUGACGAACCCACAUUUAGCAUGGACCCGUCUGGGAAACUCAUAUACACCCGUAACCAAGAGGUCCUAUCAGGAAACCUUCAAACAUUGCAAGACGACACUACGCCAGAAGGCACUCGCAUACCCCUCUCAAUCAAAGAAAUAGGCAACACUGAAAUCUUUGCUACGUCUCUCAUUCACUCGCCAAAUGGUCGUUUUGUAACCGUGGUUGGAGAUGGAGAGUAUAUCAUUUAUACCGCGCUAGCGUGGCGCAACAAAUCGUUCGGCAAUGGUAUAUCAUUUGCUUGGGCAAACGAUUCCAAUACAUAUGCGGUGUUAGAAACCAGAGUCAAAUUAAGGGUGUAUAAAAACUUCAAAGAACGAGGCAGCCCUUUGAUGAAAGGAGUCGGUAGUUGGUCUGUGGAGUCCCUUCAUGGUGGUCCACUCUUGGGUGCCAGAGGCAAAGGAUUUGUGCUAUUUUGGGAUUGGGAGACUGGAGAGGUUGUGCGAAGAAUAGACGUUGAUGCCAAAAAUAUAUUCUGGUCAGGCACAGGCUCGCUAGUUGCUAUCACCUCUGAUGACUCUUUCUAUGUGCUCCGUUUUGAUCGUGAUGCAUACAAUGCAAAAUUAGAGGAAGGGGCCGAAGUCACUGACGAGGGUAUUGAGGAGGCCUUUGAGGUCGUCGCAGAAAUUCCGGACAAUGUCAAAACAGCCAAGUGGAUAGGCGACUGCUUCAUUUACACCACCGUUGGCAACAGAUUAAACUAUUUCGUUGGUAGUGAAUCAUAUACAAUUAGCCCCUCAGACACAUCCAUGUAUAUACUAGGCUAUAUUCCAUCACACAACCGAGUGUAUCUUGCAGACAAGGACAUGAAAAUAUUCAGUUAUUCUCUGUCUUUGAGCGUCGUGGAAUAUCAAACGGCCGUCCUGCGUGGUGACAUGGAUGGUGCUGCAGAGAUAUUGCCAACUCUUCCCAAGGAACAAUUGAAUAAAGUCGCUCGCUUCUUAGAGCUAAGAGAUAUGAAGGAGCUCGCCCUACAGGUCACUACAGACCCCGAUCACAAGUUUGACCUAUCGCUCCAGCUUGACGAUCUUGAUUCGGCAUUGGAAAUUGCUCGUUCAGUGCCUGAUGUAGAGGCCGAAGCAAAAUGGAAAGCUCUCGGUGAUCGAGCGCUAGCGGUGUGGAGGUUUGACCUUGCACGCGAAGCCUUCGAGAAAGCGGGUGACAUCAAUGCACUUAUGCUCUUGUUGCUUUCAACCGGCGAUCGAGAUGGUCUUCAGAAACUUGCUGUCAUGGCCGAACAAAAGGGCGCGAACAAUCUUGCAUUUGCAACGCUCUUCCAGCUUGGGGAUGCCAAGUCAUGUGUCGACCUUUUGCUGAAGACGAAUCGCACGCCUGAAGCUGCAUUGUUUGCACGGACAUACGCACCGAGCGAAGUGCCAAAGAUUGUGGACACAUGGCGUGAAGAGCUGAAAACUAAAAAUAGGCCGAAGAUUGCUGCUGCGAUUGCCCAUCCUUCAGAAAACACAGGGCUAUUCGAGGAGGGGUGGGAAGAGGCAUUGAGCCGUGAGGUAGAUACACGAUCAACCAUACUUCCAAACGGCACUCUCGUGACACCGGGUGAAGCGCCCUCUCCGAGUGAUGAUGGUAUUUUAGUAGACGCAUGA